AUUUGAAAAAAAUUGCCACAAACAGAAAAUUUAGAACGCUUUUUCACCAACCCUCAUUACAACUUCUUAUAAGUCCAAAGCCUUUGUGUAGCCACAUUUCAUUAAGCGAUAAAGAAGUCAAACUUUAGGCAUCAUGAAGUACGAGCUCCUGCUGACCGUUCUUGCACUGGCAUCUACGUAUGCCUUCUCUAUCCACAUGGGCAACAUUGAAGAGAAACUCCGCCUUUUGAACCCAUCUUUAAUGAUGAUGGAACAACUUUUCAACCUCCAAGACGAGAACCAGUGUCUUGAGAAGAUGUUUUGCUUACUGGAGACAGAGAUGGCAGACGUCAUAAAUAACCCUUUGAAACACUACUCUCGAGUAUUUACCAACAUUCAUAAUGACAUUGAUCCAAUAGCCUUCAAGGAACUAAAGGCCCUGCUAUCGAAGUAUCCUCAUAUUUCAAAAAUGGUGCACUCAAUGUCGCUCGGUCAAGUCGCUGGGGAGAGUAAAGUUUGUCAAGAAAACUACAAGUCAUGCCAAACUGAUAAAACCCAACUGCUCCAAUUUGCUGCACUGAUGGGAGAUGAUCUUGUUGAUAAAUAUAUUCCGGGUCAACACGACUACCGCAAAAGAAAUGGAGAUGACGUCUGCAAAGGGGUGAAAAUUGGUUGCAGCCUUGCUGGGGGUGGAUGUGCGGCAUGUGCUUUAUUAACGGAAGGAGCAUGUGCAGCCAUCUGUGUGCCUGCACUCGGUGGUACUUGUGCUGGUAUAAAAUUGGGCUGUAUCUUUGGUUAAUGUCUGUCUUGUACCCAACAAAAAUGCAAUAAAAAUAUGCAUUACUGCCAA